AUGUUUUCUAUUGGACAAUACCUAUCCCAGGUGAAAGCCGGUAGUAGUCAAGAAAAAACUCCCACUUCAAAGAGCUUAGUUGUCACUAAAGCUGAAGAUGAUAUACAGGGUGACGAUAGUGGCACUGGAAGAGACUACUCAGUGCUCUUGAGGACCGGUGAGAAUGAUAACAGGAGGAUCCAAAGCUCUAUUGAAGACCUAAAGCCGUUGAGACAAAGACAAAAAAAUGUUUCCCUCCGUAUGCCUACAGCUGAAGAGAUUCAAGAGUGUACUGAAAGAACUAGAAGAGCGUUACAGUUGGUGUUGGAAUCACGGUCUAAGAAUCUCGUGCAGAAGAAGAAGGACAAGACCGAAGCAGAAUACAUAAGAUAUACUUCGUCAAAUGUCUUGAACGAUAGUGCGACGAGUUCAAGAAUCAUUAAAAUCGUUGAUAAGCAAGAGGAUCCUAUGGCUCCGCCAAAGUUCAAACAGAAGAAGCAUAUGGCUAGACCUUCUUCGCCUCCAGCACCUGUUCUACACGCACCAAUAAGGAAAGCAACUGCAGAGGAGCAGAAGGCAUGGUAUAUACCACCUGCUAUUUCAAAUUGGAAGAAUCCGAAUGGAUUUACCAUUGCAUUGGAUAAAAGAUUGGCAGUUGAUGGUAAGGAUCCGAGCAGGAAUGUUAAUAGUGAAGCCACUAUUAAUACCAACACCAUCAAUUUAGCAGAGGCUUUACACAAGGCAGAUCAGGAGGCCAGGGAGGAAAUCAGACUGAGAAACGCUUUGAAGAAACGAAUUGCAGAGAAGGAAACGAAGGAAAAGGAGGCCAAAUUGAGGGAAUUGGCACAAAGGAGUCGUGAAUCCAAGUCUAGAAGACAAGAUGAUAGAUACGAAGACGAUGCAGCCAGGGAAAGAGCAUUGGCAAGAGAAGAAAGAAUGCGUAAAGCUGAAAGAGAGAUUAAAAUGUCACGUAUGGGUAAAGAACAGAGGAACAGGGUCAUUGCCAAAUCACUCGGUGAUAGGGACAUCAGCGAAAGAACACAGUUGGGAUUAGCGAAGUCAUCAAAUACCAACAGUGCAGAGAUACAAUUCGAUCAGAGAUUAUUCACGAAUGCUACACAGGUGACGAAUAGCGAAGACCAACCAUACGAUAACCCAUUGUUUGUUCAACAGGCAGUUAACAGCAUCUACAAAGUUUCAGAUACAACACUGAAUGACCAUGAUAUAGAUGACGCUAAGAGUUCAGGACCUGUUGAAUUCGAGAAAUCUGAAGGCUUAGAAGUUGAUGAAGAUUCAUUAGAAUACGGGUUACAGUAUAAAAGGCCUAAACAUUAG